CCGGACUCUGGCACUAUGGUCAUGGCGGAGGGGACGGCAGUGCUGAGGCGGAAUAGGCCGGGCACGAAGGCACAGGAUUUCUAUAAUUGGCCUGAUGAAUCGUUUGAUGAAAUGGAUAGUACACUUGCUGUUCAGCAGUAUAUUCAACAGAACAUAAGGGCAGAUUGCUCUAAUAUUGACAAAAUUCUUGAACCACCUGAAGGCCAAGAUGAAGGUGUAUGGAAAUAUGAACACUUAAGGCAAUUCUGCCUUGAACUAAAUGGACUUGCUGUCAAACUUCAGAGUGAAUGCCAUCCAGAUACUUGUACUCAGAUGACAGCAACUGAACAAUGGAUUUUUCUUUGUGCAGCUCAUAAAACUCCAAAAGAGUGUCCUGCUAUAGACUAUACUAGACACACACUUGAUGGUGCUGCAUGUCUUCUGAAUAGCAAUAAAUAUUUUCCCAGCAGGGUUAGCAUAAAAGAAUCAUCUGUAGCAAAACUAGGAUCAGUAUGUCGUAGGAUUUACAGAAUAUUUUCACAUGCUUACUUUCAUCACCGGCAGAUAUUCGAUGAAUAUGAAAAUGAAACAUUUCUAUGUCAUCGAUUUACUAAAUUUGUGAUGAAGUAUAAUUUGAUGUCCAAGGAUAACCUGAUUGUACCAAUUUUAGAAGAGGAAGUUCAGAAUUCAGUUUCUGGGGAAAGUGAAGCAUGAAGGGAAUCAUAGAAAAAAGUACUGAUCACAUAAUUAACAUUAAUUAUGUACUGUAUAUAUAUAUAUCAUUUUAGACACAUCAAUCAUGUAUCCAUAUUAUAGCUUCUUUGUCUAGUAUAGAAUUUUGUAUGCUAUAUGUCGCCUUUUAAAAUGGGAAAUACUUUUUAAGUUAUUCAUGAGCUGUAUAUUCACUGGUGUGGCACUCAUGGUUUUUAAAUAAGAUUAGUAUUAUCUGUUUAUAAUGCCUGUUAAUAAAUGAAUUUACAGUUUGGUAAAAUUGCUGCUAAACAAUCAUUGGAUCACAAUCCUCAUUAAAUAAACCUAUCUAUAAAAGAGAUGAGUGAGCUUGAGGUUUCACACAGCCAUUUACUAAAGAGAUAGCAAUAUUUUUCUUUGGUUUUAUCCCUGAGUUUUGAAGUCUUAGAAAAUUCUGUAGUAUAUAGUUACAUCUUAAUUGUUAGCUUUUCCAAAAUGAGAUGAAAGGUUUAAUAUUUUGUUUGUAGUUUUUGAUAUGCCUAUAUGGUUAUGUGAAUAUAAGUUCAAAGUAAUAUUGAAAUAAUCCUGCUGUACUACAUAAAGUAUAUUCCAGGCCAGUGUACUUAGAAAGGAUUGAUCUUUUUGCAGCAGUUGAUUAAGUACGUGAUCGUGAUAAGGCAGGCUUGUGAGGUUCCCCUGGAGCCUGCCCUUGUCAUUUCCUUUAGUUUUCUCCAUACACUAUUUAGCCAAGAAGUUUAUUCACCAGACUAUGGCUCAUUGGUGGCUUAUAUCUAUUUAUAUUUGUAUUAAUUGCUUACAAAUUAAACAAUAUACUAGCAAUUAUAUUACACUACAGGAAACUAUAUUGGUGUGGGCUCUUGCUUUGUUUGGGGAAAUUGUUCUAACUAUGUAGAAAUAAUCCUCAAGAUAGUUUGAAUCUUCUUGUUAGUAAUAUUAAUCUUUUUAUCUAACAAUGAGCAGCAUUAAAUAGAGGGGAAACACACUGUAGUAUUUAUUUUUUGCCCUCUCCCCAAAAGUUUGUUUGAAAUACAUGCACAUGUGAGAUCAUUUGUAGUAAUUCACAGUCCCAGUGUUGUUGAAAAGCAGUUACACGUUUGUGUACUUUGUCAUAAUUCAGUAUCACCAGAAGAAUUGAAGUGCAUAUUUAUACUAUGUUGGGUGAUAUUUUCCAUAAAGCACUGGAGGUCUUAUGGUUAUAAUGAGGCAUGAAUAUAGGGUAAAAAAAUUAUACAUGUAGUGCAGAAAAUAUUUAACGCUAUCUCUUGACCAGACUUAACAAACACGGGGAACUUGUUUUUCAUUUAAAAUUACUUUAAAAAGAAGAUGAAAAUGCAUUCAUCUCGUUUUUCAAGUUUGAGGAGAUAAUUUAUUCUGUAUUAUGAGACAAGUAUGUAAAGAAAAAUGUGGGACGUGGUUACAUUCUGAGAGUGUGUAUGUGUAGUUUAUGCCAUUUCAAGCCUGCCUGUUAUUUUGGCGUGGAGCAGUAACCAUCUCAGCAGCCACCAUUACUACUGUACCACAGCUCCCAGUAUCUUGUAAGUUCUGUGUUCACAGUGAAAAGCAAUGUUGACAUUGAGAUUAUGUGUUUUUAUUAAUUUCUCUACAAACCAAUGACAAUAGUAACUUUUAAACGAACUUGCUAAAUAUCGAGAGACUAAACUACAGAGUUAAUAAACUAUAUAGUAAUGGAGCUGUUCUUUCUAGAAGGUGUCUCAUAAUGCAUUUUUGUUGCUUGACUGUAUUUUUAAUGAACAUUUGAAUUGAAGUGACUGGGAUUAGUGAUCUGGUUAAAUAUUUUGAAGCACAUUUUGAAUAUAUGGCUUAGUGUGAACAGGGAAAUAAAGUAUUGUUUUUUCUUAUUCA